CCGCGGUGGCAGCGGCCCGGGCGUCCUUCGGCCGGUUCUUGGCCCCCGAGGCCCGCGGCUCCGCCGGCACCGGCUGGCGGCGGGGCCUCUGCGUCCGUAGUGGAUCUCUUCCUCGAGAGCGUGGGCCUCGUCAUUCCAGGGUGGGCGUGGGCGCAGCGGACCGGUCUCCUAGGUACACAUGCCAUGAGGGUCGGGAGCCUGUCUGCUGUGGUCAGCACCGUUUCUCCAGGGCCUGGCACGUGGGAUGGUGCAGGUGACCCCCAAGGCCAGUGACCCGCAGACCGGCAGGAUGCGUGACUGGCACCAGAUUUUUGACCAGAACAUGCUGGUGCCUCCCCACCCACACAGAGCACGCCAGCCCUUAAAGGACUCGACGGCGUUUCAGUGCGUCCUGAAGUGGCUCGAUGGGCCGCUAAUUAAGCAGGGCGCGCUGGAGGUGCUGUCGGAGCUGGGGUGCCAUCUCCGCGUGUCUCUCUUCGAUGUCGCCUACCGCCACUUCUUCGGGAGGACGUGGAGGAGCGCAGCGAGGCCCGUGGAGCCGCUCCCCAGGCAGCCGUCCAGGAUCGUCCUGAAUGAGCCCGUGUACUUCCACACGUCCUUGAGCCACCCGAGCAUCGUGGCCGUGGUGGAAGUGGUCGCCCACGGCAGGAGACGGGACGGGACCCUCCAGAGCCUGUCGUGUGGGUUUGGGAUUCUUCGUAUCUUCAGCAGCAAAACGGAGUCUCCCCGCACGGCCUCCCAGGACAGACGGUUGAGACUGUAUCACGGCACCCCAAGAGCCCUGCUGCACCCCCAGCUGCAGGACCCCAUCGAACAAAGCAAGCACCUGACGGCCAUCGAGAGCUGCAGCCUGCAGUACACGCUGCAGCCGCACCCGGCCCUGGAGCCCGCCUUCCACCUGCUGCCCGAGAACCUCCUGGUGUCCGGCCUGCAGCCGCCGCCCGGCCUCCUCCCGGCGCCCCGGGACGCGGGUGACGCCCUCCGGAGGCCGCGCCUGCAGAAGCCGGUCACGUGGUACCUGGACGAGGUGUUCUUCACGCUGUACCCCUCCCUUGAGAAAUUCGAGGAGGAGCUUCUGGAACUCCUGAUCAGCGACCACUUCCGGGAGGGGGACGGCCCGCUGGACAGCAGCGCCCUGGAGAUCGCCGAGCGGCGUCUGUGUGUCGGCGCGCACAACGGUCUGGGCUUCGUGCAGAGGCCGCAGGUCAUGGUGCUGGUGCCCGAGAUGGACGUGGCCUUGACGCGCUCGGCCAGUUUCAGCAGGAAAGUCGGCUCCUCCUCCAAGUCCAGCUCUGGAAACCAGGCUCUGGUCCUGAGGAGCCACCUCCGACUCCCCGAGAUGGUCCAUCACCCCGCCUUCGCCGUCGUCUUCCAGCUGGAGUACGUGCUAAGCAGCCCCUCGGGAGUGGAUGGCAACGCGGCUCCCGCCUCCGCCUCGGCCAGCCUGGCGCGCAUGCACACGGUGCGCUGGGCCGUCUGGAAGCCGCCGCCCGACGCCGGCCCCGGGAGCGCGACGCUGCCUCUCCAGGGCGGGAUCCGGCCCAACCCCGCGCACUGUCUGGCCUAUAAGGUGCCCCCCGCCAGCAUGAGCUCCGAGGAGGUGAGGCAGGUGGAGUCGGGGACUAUCCAGUUCCAGUUCUCGCUGAGCCCCGACGGACCCCCGGACACCCCAGGGCAGCACCGGCCGGAGCGGCGGCCCUCGAGGAGGAUGCCCACGUGCCCCGCAAGCCCGCCAGUGCCGCCGCCCCAGGGGCUCGCCACCUCCCAGAACUCGCCUGUGGGACCAGGGCUGUCCCUGUCCCAGCUCGCAGCCUCCCCACCGUCCCCCACUCGUUGCCGCGCGGCCAAGCCCUCUUUCCAGCAGCCCGCCAGCUCCGAGCCCUCGGGGGCCCAGGCGGAGCUCCCCCUGGAGGGCGGGAUCGCGCACCUGGAAGCUGACCUGAGCCCCACGCCCGUGGUCCCGGGGACCUGUGUCGCCGAGCAGUUGCAGGAGCUGCCCUUCGCCCCCGUGCACGCCCCCAUCGUCGUGGGGGCCCAGGCCCGGAGCUCCGGAGGCAGGCUCUCGCGGGCCUGCAUGGCGCUCCUGCAGGCCGCCGGCUUCCCCGAGAUCCUGGACGCCAGCCAGCAGCCGGUGGAGGCCGUCAGCCCUGCGGACCCCGUGAAGUUCAGCCUGCAGAGGGAGGAAGCCGACCGUCUCCGGGGCAGCGAGGUGGUGCUGCAGUUCCUCGCCUUCAGCAGGGUGCCCGAGGAUGACCCGGGAACGCCGUGGCCGCGCACCGUGUAUUUCACCUUCCAGUUCUACCGCUUCCCGCCCGCCACGACCCCGCGGCUGCAGCUGCUCCCGCUGGACGGGGCCGGGAAGAGCCGCUCGGGCCCCCUGUCACACAUCCUUGUUCCCACCAGUCACCACGGCUCCUCCGAUGCUGGGCCUCCGGGCUUCCAGCUGAGGUACCUGGUGGACCCCGGGUUCCUGAGGCCGGGUGAGCGGCGCUGGUUCACCCGCUACCUGGCCGUGCAGAGCCUGCAGGUGGACGUCUGGGACGGAGACUCCUUGCUGCUCAUCGGCUCGGCCGCCGUGCACCUGAAGCACCUCCUCCGCCAGGGCCGCCCGGCCGUGCAGGUCUCCCACGAGCUCGAGGUCCUGGCCACCGAAUACGAACAGGAUGCAAUGGUGCUGAGUGGAGACGUGACUGCGUCUGGCAGCGUCAGGCCGAUCGGUGUCCACACGGUGGUGAAGGGCCUGCUGCACCUGACCUUGGCCAACGUGGGUCACCUGUGUGAGCAGAGAGGGAGAGAGGCCAGCGCGCUGCCACCUUCCAGGUUGCGGGUCAUCUCGAAUGAGGGAGCCGGCCGCUUCGACGGAGGCAGCCUCCUCAUGCACGGGGCCCCGAGACGGGUGAAAAACGUGGUCCAGGCACAGAAGCUGGCAGAUGUGGACAGCGAGCUGGCCGCCAUGCUGUUCACGCCCCUGCCGCCGGGGAGCAAGGGGCCCCGGGGCGCCGUGCGGGAGGGGGACGCGGUUCGCAGGCGCAAGCUGGAGCGGAUGAGGGCUGUGCGUGCGCAGGGGGCCGGCGGCGAGCAGGGCUGCCGGAGGAGCGUGCUGGCUCAGCAGAACGUCCGGGCUCAGCAUGCACGGGACCUGCAGGUCAUCGCCGCCUACCGGGAGCGCACCAAGGCCCAACACAUUGCCAGCGCGCUGAGCCUGGCCAUCACCGUGGAGCACACGCUGUACGCCUCGCUGGGCACCGCGGAGUUCUUCGAGUUCGCCCUCAGGAACCCCCACAACACGCCGCACACUGUGACCAUCGAGGUGGACAACCCUGAGCUCAGCCUCAUCGUGGACAGCCAGGAGUGGAGGCACUUGAAGGCGGCGGCCGGCCUGCACACGCCUGUGGAGGAGGACAUGUUCCGCCUGCGCGGCGGCCUCGCACCCCAGCUCUUCCUGCGCCCCCGGGAGACCGCCCACGUCCCCUUCAAGUACCAGACCUUCUCUGUGGCGCAGGCCUCUGCGGACCUGAGACCUGAGAAGGGCACGGACCCCGGAUCCCCUGCGGACAGCGUGAUGCCCACCAGACACGCCAAGGUGCUGUUCCGGGCGGGCGGCGGCAAGCCCCUGGCCGUGCUCCUGCUGACGGUGCAGCCGCAGCCGCCCGCGGUGGACCAGGUCUUCCGCUUCUACCACCCGGAGCUCACCUUCCUGAAGAAGGCCGUCCGCCUGCCCCCCUGGCACAUGCUCCCAGGUGCUCCCGUGGGGAAGCCUGGCGAGGCGCCCCCGGUCCACGUCCGCUGCAGCGACCCGCACGUCAUCUGUGAGACCCAGAGUAUGGGCCCGGGGGAGCCGAGGGACGUGUUCCUGAAGGUGGCCAGUGGCCCGAGCCCGGAUGUCAAAGACUUCUUUGUUGUCAUUUACGUGGACCGCUGGCUGGCGGCGCCCGUCCAGAUUUGGCAGGUGCACCUGCACUCUCUGCAGCGCGUGGACGUGUCCUGUGUCGUGGGCCAGCGGACCCGCCUGUCCUUGGUCCUCCGGGGGACGCCAACACUCAGGAACGUGCGGGCCUUCACCUCGCACCCCCAGGAGCUGACGAUGGACCCCAAAGGCGUCUUCGCGCUGCCGCCCCACGGGGUGCAGGACCUACAUGUGGGCGUGAGGCCCCGCCGGGCGGGCAGCCGCUUCGUGCACCUGAACGUGGUCGACGUGGACUUCCACCAGCUGGUGGCCUCCUGGCUCGUGUGCCUCUCCUGCCGGCCGCCUCUCAUCUCCAAGGCCUUCGAGAUCACCAUGGCCGCGGGGGAGGGGAAGGGCGCCCACAAGCAGAUCACCUACACCAACCCCUACCCCUUCCGCCGGGCCUACUGCCUGCACAGCGACCACCCCGAUCUGCUGCAGUUCACGGAGGACACCUUCCAGGUCGCGGGCGGAGAGACCUACACCAUCGGCCUGCGGUUCGCGCCCAGUCAGAGGGCCGGGGAGCGGGAGGUGCUCAUCCACAUCAACGACCACGAGGACAAGAACGAGGAGACGUUCUGUGUGAAGGUCGUCUACCAGUGAAGGUCGUCUACCAGUGAAGGUCGUCUACCAGUGAAGGAGCCUCCACGGCCUCCCGGUCUCCGUGGCCUCUCGGCCUCCCCCGCCUCCAUGGCCGCCACGGACCCCCACGGGUGGCGGCCUCCCAGCGGCGGGCGGCAGUGGCCGCGGAGUGGGUGUCGCAGGCCCUGGCGCUCGGAAGGCUGCUCCGGUGGAGCUGCUGCUCUCGGGUGGGGCGAGAGCGUGGGCCGCGGCUGCACGGCCAGGGCUCUGGCACACGAGAGCCACCGGCUAGGACGUUUCCAUUUGUUUUCAGCGACGGUUUUUUCAGAAUCAUCUUAAAUGAUAAAAGGAUGUUUUCUUACUGGGUUUUGUACAAACAUGUCAUUUACUAUGCAACGUUUUAUAUGGGGAUAUAUCUUUUCUAAAGUUACGUAUGAAAAUAGUAAACUUUUACACA